CACAAUUUGAAACUACUUUCUUAUAAAUCUAGUUCCCUUUGUUUUUAUUACUCAGCCCUAUCCCAUCAAACGGUUAUAAAAAAACGAAGUGACGAUGGCAUCGACAUCAAAUAUCAAGCAACAAGAAAGGAAUUGGCUGGAUCUUCCAUCUGAUGUAAUGGCUAAUAUACUUAGCAGGAUUGGUAUGAGUGACAUAUUUGAGAAUGCCGAGAAAGUGUGCCCUGCCUGGCUAAAAAUCUGCAAGGACCCUGCUAUGUGGACGGUCAUUAAUAUGAACGACUUACUGAGCUCAGUUGCAAAACAAACUCCUACAAAUAUGUGUAGGCUUGCUGUCAACAGAAGCCAAGGCCAAUUGGUUGACAUUACCCUUGCGUAUGCCUAUAAUGUUACUCUUCUUUAUUACGUUGCUGAGAGAUCAAGUCAGCUUAGACGCCUUGAAAUGGUCUAUGGUUUUUUCAAUAAUAGAAGUAUGACUAAUGCUUUGAUGAAAUUUCCUAUGUUGGAGGAACUCAAUCUUUACUUGAUAAAAGUUUUAAAAGAAGAAAUUGAAACUGUUGGUCGUUAUUGCCCAAUGCUAAAAACACUCAAAGUGAAUGGAGGACCAUGCAGUUCUCGGGUGAGAGACACAGACACUGACGAGUGGUCUUCGAUUAGUUAUAAUGAGAUAGCCAUAGCUGUUGGACAAAACUUGCUUGGGAUAAGGCACCUUGAACUCAUUGGAAACAAGAUGACCAAUGUUGGGUUGCGUGUGAUUCUGGAUAACUGUCAUCACCUUGAAACACUUGACUUGCGUGAAUGCUUUUACAUUGAUCUUAAGGGAGAUCUAGGGAAACAAUGUUCUAAACAGAUUAAAUAUCUUAAACUUCCCAAUGAUUCUCUUGAAGGCUGCCCUUAUAUAUAUAACUUAUCCAUCUUGGAUCUAUUUAAGUGGGGAUCGGAUCCAAAGGUAAACUAAUUUUGGUAGUUAUCAUUUUGCUGAUGCUCCUGUCCAAUUUUAGGAGUUGCUUUCUGGCUCUCUUUGUAACACUCUAAACAAUUGCCGGCUAUUUAUUUUCAUUUCAGUUUUGUGCUCAAAUUUGGUAAAGGCAAAAGAUGUUUGUGUGGGCGUAUUGUUCUUUUGAAGGAAACCAGUUAUUUUAUUUC